AUGGAACCAGGAUUUACAAAGGCAACCAGCACGAAUUUGCCAAGAGUCGACUUGUUGAUUCUAGGAGCGUUUCUAGGGUCAAAUAAAGACUUUUGUUCGUCAGAAUUUAGGAAUGUAAAAACAUCCAUGUCCUCCAGACCAUCAUAUGGCGACGAUGCUAUAAGUUACGUCCAGGAAGAGGCAGUAAAAUCAAUUGAAUGUCAUGAUUGUGUGGCUUCGCAAAGAGGCAAACGUGCAAUAGCAUUCCUAAUGUGGGUUCACCGCAGGAGUGAAGACCCUUCAUGUACAUCCAUCGAAUGCUAUUGGAUAAAAUCAAAGCUUUCCAGGGUUGGUACUACUGUUAAAUACAUAACUGCCAAAGACUUAUCCAAGGGUAAGCCUAGCUUAUCAUCAAAUACAGGAGUAUUCGAAAAGUUUUUAGCAGAAGAAAGUUUUUCUAUGGACAAAUUAGUGCAGAAAUAUAAAGAAACAUCCUGUGACACAUUUUUGAGCAGAGUUGUGUUAACUGAUAGUGAUAUCAGCAAUAUUGAAAAAGAAACGAGAGACCAACAUAAAAGCAGCUUAUGGCAUGAAUUAAGAUAUGGAAGAAUAACAGCUUCACGGGCGUACGAAUUCAGUCGGUGCAAAACCAGUGAUGGUACUCUGAUUGCUGUAAUAUUGGGUGGAAAAAUUCCAGACACAACGGCCAUGAAGCGUGGUAGAAUAUUGGAGGAUGAUGUUAGAAAUACAGUCAGUGCCAAAUUAGGAAAAAAAAAUAAAAAAUGUGGUUUAAUGAUAGCCAAAAACUACCCUAUGCUAAUAGGUUCACCAGAUGGGAUCUGUGAAAACAGCAUUAUAGAAAUAAAGUGCCUAUGA